AUGGCGGUGUGGUGCGGCGCGCGCAUACUGCCGCUCGAGAGACGCGUCUUCUCCAUCACACUCGUGAUAGACCCAAACACAGCGUUUCUGCGCGCAGCGCGCGCCGGUCAGCUCGACACAGUCGUCGACUUGCUCGACUCUGGGGCCGUCAAAGAUAUCAAUACUUGCAACUCGAAUGGCCUUAAUGCCCUUCAUCUCGCAGCAAAAGAUGGUCACAUAUCUGUAGUGGAAGAGCUUCUUAAAAGAGGCGCGACUGUAGAUGCUGCUACAAAAAAAGGCAACACAGCUCUCCACAUAGCAUGCUUAGCGGGUCAAGAAGAUGUGGCUCGGGCACUUCUUGGUGCGGGAGCGAAGGCCGACGCGCAGUCCGCGGCUGGGUUCACUCCUCUGUAUAUGGCGGCGCAGGAGAAUCACGCAGGCUGCGUCAAAAUGCUGCUGGCAGCUGGCGCCAGCCAAACCCUCGCAACAGAGGAUGGAUUCACUCCCUUGGCGGUAGCGAUGCAGCAAGGCCACGACCGUGUGGUUGCAGAGCUCCUGGAGUCCGACACACGUGGCAAGGUGCGAUUGCCUGCACUACAUAUCGCUGCAAAGAAGAACGACGUCAAAGCGGCUAUGCUUUUACUCGAGAACGAACACAACCCGGACGCUUGUUCGAAGUCUGGAUUCACUCCACUGCACAUAGCGGCACAUUACGGCAAUGUGGGCGUCGCAAAGGCGCUUUUGUCUGCCGGCGCGGACUCUGGGCGAGCGGCGAAACACAACAUCACCCCCUUACACGUGGCCAGCAAGUGGGGACAGCUGGCCAUGGUCGAUUUGCUCGUUGAGAAUGGUGCUAACAUCGCGGCAGUGACUCGGGACGGUCUGACUCCGCUCCACUGCGCCGCGCGCUCUGGACACAGCAACGUCGUAUCACGUUUAUUGCAACAUGGCGCGCCCAUCACUAGUAAAACUAAGAAUGGUCUUACACCUCUCCAUAUGUCCGUGCAAGGCGAACAUGUGGAGACGGCUAAAGUACUUCUCUCAGAAGGUGCGCCAAUCGAUGACGUCACCGUCGACUACUUGACAGCUCUACACGUAGCCGCUCAUUGCGGACAUGUCAAAGUAGCGAAAUUAUUACUGGACAGAAACGCAGACGCGAAUGCUCGCGCUCUAAACGGAUUUACGCCAUUGCAUAUUGCGUGCAAGAAAAAUAGACUCAAAGUUGUGGAACUACUGUUGAAGUAUGGUGCGAGCAAAUCGGCGACUACAGAGUCGGGUCUGACGCCGCUGCACGUGGCCGCGUUCAUGGGGUGCAUGAACAUCGCGCUGGUGCUGGUGGGCGCGGGCGCGGACGCCGACGCCGCCACCGCGCGCGGCGAGACGCCGCUGCACCUCGCCGCGCGCGCGCACCAGACCGACCUCGUGCGAGUCUUGCUGCGCAACAACGCCAAGGUUGAAGCGCGAGCUCGCGAAGAACAAACCCCUCUUCACGUAGCCUCUCGGCUCGGUCACGCCGACAUCGCCGCGUUGCUGUUGCAACACGGAGCCGAUGUCGCUGCUGCCACUAAAGACCACUACACGCCAUUACACAUAGCUGCUAAAGAAGGCAAAGAAGAAGUAGCGUCCAUCCUACUUGACCAUAAUGCACCUAUUGAAGCAGAAACCCGCAAAGGAUUCACACCAUUACAUCUAGCGGCAAAGUAUGGUGAUAUUGGCGUUGCGCGAUUACUUCUAGCUAGAGGGGCACAGCCUGACGCACCAGGAAAAAGUCACAUUACACCAUUGCACAUGGCUACAUAUUACGGACAUCCAGAUAUUGCGUUAUUGUUACUUGAUAAAGGAGCAUCUCCUCACUCCCUGGCGAAGAAUGGUCACUCAGCUUUGCACAUUGCUUGUCGGCAUAAUCACCCUGAUAUAGCAUUCGCUUUACUCGAACACGACGCAGAUCCGGGUGUAAGAUCAAAGGCAGGAUUUACUCCUCUGCAUAUGGCGGCACAGGAAGGACAUGAAGAUUGUGUUGAAAUGCUCAUAGAAAGGGGGGCUGAUGUCAAUGUUCCUGCUAAUAACGGUUUGACACCGGUGCACCUUGCUGCGGCGGAGGGGCGCACGUCGGUGCUGCGCGCGCUGCUGGCGGCGGGCGGGCGCUGCGGCGCGCGCACUCGCGACGGCUACACGCCGCUGCACGCCGCCGCGCACCACGCGCACCUGGCGGCCGCGCGCGCACUGCUCGAUGCCGGAGCUGACGUCACGGCGCGCGCCGCGCACGGAUUCACACCACUGCACCAAGCGGCGCAGCAAGGACAUACGCUAAUUAUCCAAUUGCUGCUGAAGAACAAUGCGGAUCCAAAUGCCUUGUCUGCGAAUGGACAAACAGCGUGCGCGAUCGCCGAUCGGCUGGGCUACAUCAGCGCCGUAGAAGCGCUACGCCCCGUCACUGAGAACACUCUGAGUCAAGCUGUUGGUGACAAUGGUGGUUUAGAAGGCAAAUACCGCGUAGCAGCGCCUGAGCUCAUGCAAGACACCUUCAUGAGCGACUCGGAAGACGAAGGAGGUGAAGUGGAGUGUCCCAUACAGCAGCAACAGCAAUAUCGCUACAUGAACAGCGAAGCGGGCACAUUGCACCGAGCGAAGCCGCUCGAGGACAGCGUCACCGAUGGCCACCUGUGGCCGAGCAACAAUGACAAGAAGGUGGCCACUAUUGAGCGACAGCCCGUCGACAUCGGGUUCUUAGUGUCGUUCGUGGUGGAUGCCCGCGGUGGCGCUAUGAAGGCGAAGCGCCGUGGCGGCGUUCGCAUUAUCGUACCGCCAGCUGCGUGCGCGGCGCCUACUCGUGUCACAUGCCGUGCGGCAACACGACGCGCGCCGGCAGCGGCGCCCCCGCCACUUAUGGAGGGCGAAGCACUAGCUUCGAGACUCUUGGAGUUACAACCACAGGGAGCUAAGUUUUUGGCCCCUGUGAUAAUCGAAGUGCCAAUAUUCACGGCGUCAUGUCGCGAGCGGGAGAUAGUUAUACUGCGCUCCGACACCGGCGAGACCUGGCAAGACCACUAUCUACACAACAACGACAACCCCAUGAUACAAGAGGCGCUGACACGCGAACGACAGGAAUACGGGCCUAGCGGCGAGACGCUGGGCGAGAACGGCGAGCGCCGCGUGACCCGCAUAGUGACGUGCGACUUCCCGCACUACCUGGCCGUGGUGUCGCGCGUGCGCCAGGAGGUGCACGUGAUCGGACCCGAGGGCGGCACCGUCUCCAGCGCACACAUCCCGCAGGUGCAAGCGCUGUUCCCGGCGCAGGCGCUGACGAAGCGCAUCCGCGUGGGGCUGCAAGCGCACGGCGCGGCGCCCGAGCUGGUGCGCCGCGUGCUGCCGCGCCACGCCGCCGCCUCGCCCGUGCUCACCGUGGAGCCGCGCCGCCGCAAGUUCCACCGCGCCAUCACGCUCACCGUGCCGCUGCCCGCCCAGCAGGGCGCAGUCCACGACAAGCAGUCCACAGCAAACCUCCGGCUGCUGUGUUCUAUCAUGGGAGGACAGGCGCGAGCCGUGUGGGAAGACGUCACGGGUUCAACCCCGCUCACUCUCACUGAGGACUGUGCUUCUUUCACCACCACAGUUUCAGCAAGAUUCUGGUUGAUGAAUUGUCAGAACGUUAGCGACGCCACCAAACUAGCGACGGAGUUGUACAGGGAAAUGUUGCUCGUGCCGUUCGAAGUACGUAUUGUGAUACUGGGCAAGAGGCUGGACGCUCUGGAGGGAAGAUUGUUGGUGCUUUAUAUUACAGAUAGAUACGCCUACGACACGCUUAUACAACAGGAGCACUACACAGAGAUCGCUCAUUCAACAGCGGUGCGAUUUUUGGAUGGAAAGGAUGUCUACCUUGAGUUCUCCGGCAACCUAGUGCCCGUCACAAAGUCUGGAAGUCAACCUAUGUUCACUUUUGAGGCUUUCAAAGACAACCGAGUGGAAUUUACAGUGCGAGUGAAGCAUCACGAAGAAAAAGCAUCAGGUCGAGUGUACUUCAUGAAUGAACCCAAGGUUGCCAAAGGCGAACAAUCACAAACCCCUGCCUGCGUGCUGGACGUGGAAUUACCUGAGAGCAUCGCACCAAGAGCUGCUAAGAGUCAGAUUGAUUACCUGAAUUUGGACCAGUCUGGCUUUGAUGCUCUAAAGGACGAAUUGAGCUUCCAUUGGGGUGACCACAACCAUAGCUUGGGACCUAACUCAUUAUCUUAUCAUGAUCAUCAAGUCAAUGGACAUGACAAAGUUAUUACAAAUGGUCAUGUUAAAUAUCCUUCAAAGGAUACAGAAGACAAGAGUACAAAACCACAAGCUAAUGGAGGUACGUUGCAUGUUGACUCAAACAAAACAAAAGCCACAUUCGAUUCGGACGAAGACAAAACGCCGAUGAAUACUUUAGAAAAAGGCAAAAAGAAACCAGAAGGCGGUUCUUUCUUUGGCGGUAUAGCCGACAAGGUCAAAAAUGUAUUCGGUCACAGUGACGAUAAAGAAGAGGAUGUCAAGGAAUCUUCACCUACACCUGACCCCAAGCCUCGCGAAUCGAAAGAAAAAACUCCACCAAAACCAGCACCUAGACUUAUAAAAGAAGAUUUGCUUGUAAAGGUUGACGAUAUGUUCAAAGACCUAAAGAAAAAACCACACAGCAACGAAGAAGAUGAUUUAGAAAGUCAAGUAUAUUCCACAAAGUUAAUUGUAGAUGAAGAAAGCGAUCGACCAUCUGGCCUUCACGUUGUAACGGAGGAAGUAUACCAGCAGUAUGAAAAUAUGCAACCAGUAGAUACUCCCCUAAGAAUUCAGAAAUCUGAUCCAUUCCAGUUUUACACAGGGUGCUGCGAAGGAAAGUAUAAAGGACUAAAACACCGACACGAUGAAACUUCCAAUUUAAUUGAUAGGGUUGAACAAAUCAAUUUUACGGCAAAUGAAAAACUUGAGAUUGAUUGCUUAGAUAAGCUCGAAAAAGAGAAGGACGAUAUUAAACAAAAGUCCAAAGAGGUGACCGAAGACUUGAUUGUCAGAACUGAAGCCGUUACAAAAGACUUGAGAGAUAAAAGUGAUGAUUUAAAGUCGACAAUAGAAGAUAAAGUAAAUGAAUCAGAAAAUGCACUUAAUGAUCAAUUAAAUAAAUUAAAUGAUGAUGCUAAUGAAAAGAAAGCACAAUUACAAUCGAAAAUUGAAGCAGAGAUCGAAAACGCUAAAUCUUCUGCUAAGGAUAUUCUUAGUGAAUUAGCUGAAGAUACUAAUCUUGUUAAAAGCAACAUAGAGAAGAAAGCUGAUGUACUUGAUUUUGCUGCUAGGGAAAGAGCCGAAGAACUUAAAUUGAGGGGGCUCGAUAAAGUACAAGAUUUAGAAGGACAUCUUACAAAAGCGACAGAAAAUGUUAAUCAAAAGUCAAAAGAAAUCGCUGAUUCAGUACAUGAUUUAGAAGGUGAAUUAAAUCAUAAAGCGCAAGACAUUAAAGGAGCUUUUGAAAAUAAAAAAGACAACGUUAAAGAUGCAGCGAACCAAAAAAUUAACGAUAUCACUGAAUCCAUCGAUAGUACCAAGGAGAAAAGCCAGAAAGCUGCUGCUGAUGUCAAAUCUAAAGCUAGCGAGAAAAAAGAUCAAAUUGAAACUGAAGUGAAAAAGAAGAAAAAGGAAGGAAAGAACUUCUUCACUGGACUUGUGCACAAUAUAUUUGGGGAGAAAGACAAGAUUGAAAAUGAAGUAAAAGAAAAAGCAUCUGAAACACAAGAAUAUGCAGAUCAACUUAUAAAACAAGCUUCGGAAAAAAAAGAUGAAGUAUGUGACAAAUUAGUGGACGGAAAAGAAGCUGCUGAAAAUAUAGUACAAGAAGAAAAAGAUAAAGUCAAAGAAAAGGUUUCAGAAACGAAGGAAUCGGCUGAUCAGUUAAUACAAAAGGCAUCAUCGAAAAAGGUUGAAAUUGAAGAAAAUCUUAAAAGAAAGAAGGACGAAUUAAGCGAAGAUAUUGAACAUGUAAUACAAACUACUCAAGAUAAAACGGCUGAAGUGGGACAUGAGGUGAAACAAAAGAAAGAUGAAGCAGAGAAAGCUAUUAUUGAUAAAACAAAAGAAAUAAAGGUUGUCGUUGAUGACAAAAAGCAAGAAUUAGCGAAGGCUAUGGAGAACAAAAUAGACGAUUUAAGGCAUGCAAAAGAUGAUUUACAGAGCGAAGCUCAGAGCCAACUAGAAAGGAUAUGGCAGGAAGCUGUGGCGACAACAGAAGAAAUUAAAAAAUCUGGUGACGUUAUUGCGAAAACCGCGUCCAAUAAAUCAUCAGACAUACAAAAUAACGUUUCAAAUAAAAUCGAAGACUUAAAGGAAUCUGGCAAUGAUGAACUUCAAAAAGCACAAAAAGUAGCGAUUAAUAAAGCUAGUGAUCUUCAGAAAUCCUCGGAGCAAGCGUUUGAUGACAUUCAAGAAUCGACCUUGAGCGCUUUUGAUAAAGUCGAAAGUUCUGCUAAGGACAAAGCGAACAGUGUCAAAGAUACGUGGGACGACUUGCAUAGUUCAACAAGAGACACUUACGCUGAUAUGAAGGACGAUGUGACAAGUUUGGAAAAUUCAGCACAGGAUACGUUGCAUAGUUUUCAAAGUUCCGCCGGAAAUACGUUCGACAGUUUGGACGAUUCAGUAAAAGAAUAUGUUAGUGGUGCUCAAAACACUGUACAAAAUGUCGAAUCAAACUCUAAAGAGUUAUUUGGAGACAUGAGAAAUACUUUUGAAGGCUUUCAAAUAUCUGCUGACAACAAACUAGAGGACGUGAAGGCGUCUGCCAAGGAGGGCGUAGAAGAUGCUGGUGCGCGAUUGGAGGAAACAAAAGAAGCAGUAAAAAAUGAUCUUAAGGAUGCUGAAACAACUAUGACUUAUACUAUAACGAGUGGAGCUGACAAACUUGCGAGCGGUUUUGAUGCUUUGGGAAGCCACGCUUUUGGAGCUUUUGACCAAGGUGGAAAAAAAGAUGCCUCAACAAAAUUUCUGGAGUCGGAAAAAGCACAGUCUUCCCCUCACAAGAAAAGUUCUGGGUUCUUCUCAAAAUUACGACGCAACCCAUGA